AUGUCACUCCGAACACCGAUUAGGUCUCUACGAAGGUAUCUAUCCACUUCCUCACGAUCACUUGCCGAUUUGGAAUCAUCAUCGCAAUCAGGAUCAGGAUCAGGUUUUUCACCUUUACGAGAUAUACUCGUUUCGUCUUCAUCCCAAACACCAUCUUCAUCAUCUCGACCUAAUUUCCCAUCUCCAUCUUCACAAGAUGUACAAGAUCAAGUAGCUGCGAGAGGAUAUGACGUCCAUUCCAUUCCACCAAAAGUGGAUCCCACAUUGGAUUUAUUCACAAAUUGUUUGAUGAAAGAUGGUAAAAAGGACGAAGCGCAGAAAAUGGUAGGAAGGAUCUUGAGCAUGUUACAUCAAUCGACUAAUCUUGCACCUCAACCAUUACUUCGUCAAGCCGUCUUACUCUCAUCGCCAUCAAUCAAGAUACUCUCAAUGAGGAAAUCAGCUAAAACGAUAUAUACACCUAGGGCAUUAACAGAACGUCAAAGAUCAAGACAAGGUGUAGCUUGGAUAUUGAAAGCUUCUGAAAGAGGUAGGAAAGGUGGUAUCUCAAGGGAUCAAAGGAUCGCAAGAGAAAUUUUGGGUAUAUUGGAAGGUCAAAGUGAUGUUUUCAAAUGGUUAGAAGAGAGACAUAAAGUAGCUUAUUUGAAUAGAUCCAACAUGACUGCUCGAUAG